CACGUCUAUAAAUUCACUCAGAAACCCUAGCCCUAGCGAGCUUGCGCCGCAGAAGAGGCCAUUCUAUCUCCCGUCUGGUCUUCGACGCUGCACGCGGAUCUCCUUCUGCAAUGGCGCCCGUCAAGAAAUCGAAGAAGAAUGCCGAGAACAUCAACAGUAGGCUCGCUCUUGUGAUGAAGAGCGGGAAGUACACCCUCGGCUACAAAACGGUCCUCCGAACACUUCGGAUCUCUAAAGCAAAGUUGAUUAUCAUUGCAAACAACUGCCCACCACUCCGUAAGUCUGAAAUCGAGUACUAUGCAAUGUUGGCGAAGGUUGGAGUUCAUCAUUUCAGUGGAAAUAAUGUUGACCUUGGAACAGCAUGUGGAAAAUAUUUCCGAGUUUGCUGCCUCAGCAUCAUCGAUCCUGGCGACUCUGAUAUCAUCAAGAGCAUCCCUGGGGAUCAGUGAGACAUGCAAACGGACAGUUUUCCUAGUUCAAGGUCCAUAGGAUUUGGGACAAAAUUACAUCUUUUUUCUUAGUGGACAAUUUCCUGUUGGUUUUUCAUCUUGAGUUAUCUAGUUUGUGGCCAUCAACUCAAAUCUCUUGACGUAAAAUGCGUUUGAAUAUCUUGCAUUUCUUACGAUUUUCAAAUAUUCCUUAAUUAUAAGAUAAAGAUGCUUCAGCUGCUUGGUUUUA